AAAUAAAUAAAUUUCAUAAUAAACUUAAUAAUCAAAAAAAAAAAAUAAAGUAAAAUGAAUAAAUUAUUUGUCUCCUUACUUGUACUUGCUUUACUCAGCUUGAGCUCUGCUCGUAAUGUCAGAAAUCUUCAAUUUGUUGACAACACAGCAUAAGAUUAAAAUAAUACUAAUUCUACUGAUAUAAAUAACGGAAAUACUAACUCUACUGAUGUUAGUAAUGCUAAUAAUAACAAUAACUCAACUAAUACAAACACUAACUCUACUGAUGCUAGCAAUGCUAAUAAUAACAAUAACUCAACUAAUACAAACACUAACUCUACUGAUGCCGGUAAUAAUAACAAUAAUUCAACUAAUACAAACACUAACUCUACUGAUCCUAGUAAUAACAACAAUAACUCCACUAAUUCAGGAAGUGGUAAUAACAAUAAUACUGAUCCAUAACCACCAGUUUAUCCAUAAAUAUGCAAUCCUUUUACUGGAGAAUGUUGCAUUGUAUAUGAUCCUAAUAAUACUGAUUGCAGUUGCUGGUACUAUAUUUUAGUUGAUAACAAUUUAUAAGCUUAUUACAUUUGUGAUUAGUGA